AUGGCAGAAGCAUCAAGGGAUUUUCGCGCUACUUUUGACGCGGAGAAGCAGAGCAUUGAAGAAGUUCUUGCAGGGUUGGAUAAAGUACCUAAGAGUAAUCUCCAGGCUACGAUCGAUGGCCUUGUCCAAAGAAUCCAUUCCCUUGAGAAAACAGCGACAGAGAAAAUCAGUAUUCUCCCGCCCUACGAUGCCAAGAUGUGUAUGGAGGCUAUCAAGUCUAUGUCUGAGCAGCUUAGCCAGUUGCGGACAAAACUUGUGCCCAAGGCAAAGUUCUCGUUCAAGUCUAGGAAAGCAGCGAGCGCCUUGCCAUCCCUCUCUGCCUCAGCUGCAUUAACACCAAAGCCAGCUGCUUCACCAAAAAUUACCUCUACGAUCGACCAGAGCCAAUUCAUGAGAUUUGAGGAUAGGUCCAAUGAGCAUUUGUUUAUUGGGUCGCUCCCGAUGCCAGGUGCCGAGGCCGGAGAAGGAAUCGUCGCCAAGGAUGUCGCUCUGACAAAUCUUACAGAAUGCACCAUCAAUUUGGUCCAUAACAUCCCUCUGGGGGCGAUCCAUAUCAGGAACCUGAAGCGAUGCACACUGGUCAUUCCGCCAGUCUCGGGUAGUAUUCUACUGCACGACUGUGAAGGAUGCACUUUAAUCGGUGCCUGCCACCAGUCCCGAAUGCAUACUUCCAGCAACAUGGAUAUCUAUCUACAUGUUACGAGCGAGCCUAUUAUCGAGGACUGCACCGACAUGCGGUUUGCGCCUUACGGCCAGAUUCUUCCAGCGGAGCAACUUGAUCGACUAUUCGAGGGUGCUCAAUUGAAUACUGCAACUAAUUUUUACGACAGGGUCAAGGAUUUCAACUGGUUGCGACAGCAGCAGUCGCCCAAUUGGAGAUUAUUGCAGCCGAACGAGAUCAAGAACGAGAUUGCACAACAAGUGCUAUCCAAGGAUUGUUCCUAG